AUGCUAGGGGCUCCCCCGUCCCCUUCAAAAGAUAUGGCUGGAACACAGCCACCCCCUCCGAGAGAUACAUACACAACUCCAAAGUACAUGUAUGUAACCCCUCCACAGCCUCCAAAAUAUAUGUACAUAGCUCCCACACCCGCUUCAGAAAGUAUAUACCCCCCAAAAGGUUCAUACGGAGCUCCGCCGCCUCCUCUAACUUACGGAGCUCCACACCUUUUUAACUAUAUACAUGGAACUCCUCCACCUCCCCCAAAGGAUAUGUACGGGGCUCCUCCACCUCCCCCAAAGGAUAUGUAUGGGGCUCCUCCACCUCCCCCAAAGGAUAUGUAUGGAACUCCUCCACCCCCUCCAAAGGAUAUGUACGGGGCUCCUCCACCUCCCCCAAAGGAUAUGUACGGGGCUCCUCCACCCCCUCCAAUGGAUAUGUAUGGAACUCCUCCACCCCCUUCAGACAUGUACGGAGUUCCACAGAACGACACAAAGCCAAUGGAAGGGAAACCGUUCAUCACGUACUACAAUUUUGGACGCAAACUAUGGCUUCUGCCACUCUACGCUGGAGUCGUCUUCAUGGCGCAUGUGCUACUGUUACUUCUGAAGGCCAUUUCAAGGCACAAGAUCCUCGCCCCUUACAGUUUCUACACUAGCAUACACGGCAGGAAUCUCGAGUCAGCUUCGCAGCGUGAGCUGGACAGCACUACAGAGCACGUCACGAAGGCUUUGGAUAAAGCAGAGUAUCAGUUCAUGUAA